AUGUCCCAGCGGGCUAGUUCGGGCGACUCACCGUCGUUGGGAGCAGAGGAGAAGGGCAACGCGGGCAAGGCCGUGCAGGACACUGCCGUGGUGCAGCAAUCAGACGCUGCCUUCACGAAUUCAUACGAUGAGGAGGACUUCUGGACGAGGAACGGCUUGAACGCCAAGUCGUUCCAGAAGAAGCACUAUGGAUUGGGGCUGGUGGAACUGGACCGAGCGAUGAAGACGCGGCACUUACAGAUGAUUGCCAUCGGAGGCUCCAUUGGCGCUGGCUUUUUCGUUGGUUCUGGUGGUGCUUUGGCCAAAGGUGGUCCCGCCUCGGUUCUCAUUUGCUUCCUCGUCGUCGGUUUCAUGGUCUUCAACGUCGUCUUUGCCCUUGGUGAACUUGCCAUCAUGUACCCAGUUUCCGGUGGUUUCUACACAUACGCAACUCGCUUCAUCGACCCCUCGUUUGGCUUUGCAGUCGGAUGGAACUAUUUCUUCCUCUGGUUUGUCGUCUUACCGCUCGAAUUAACCGUCUGUUCCCUCGUCAUUCAAUACUGGAAUCAGGAUAUAAGCGUCGGCGUCUGGAUCACCAUCUUCUGGGUCGCCAUUAUCCUCAUCAACGUCUUUGGAAGCAUUGGUUAUGCCGAGGAGGAAUUCUGGUCUUCGGUCAUCAAGCUGGCAGCAACCAUCGUCUUCAUGAUUAUUUGCUUCGUGCUUGUGCUCGGCGGUGGCCCCUCGAGUGGAAGAUACUCUGAAUAUGUUGGAGCUCAUUAUUGGCACAACCCCGGUGCGUUCCGCAACGGCUUCCGAGGCUUCUGUUCCGUCUUCGUUACCGCUGCCUUCUCCUUCACUGGAACUGAGCUUGUUGGCCUCGCAGCGGCCGAGAGUCGUAACCCAGUCAAGUCACUACCUAGCUCCAUCAAGCAAGUGUUUUGGCGAAUCACUCUCUUCUAUGUGCUUGGCCUCUUCUUUGUCGGUCUUUUGAUCCCCGCAGACGACGAAAGACUCCUGUCUAGUGCGGCUUACACCGAUGUCAAGGCAUCGCCUUUCGUCCUCGUCGGCCUCUAUGCUGGUCUUCGCGGCUUCGACCACUUCAUGAACGCCGUUAUCCUCAUCUCCGUCAUCUCCAUUGGUGUUUCCAGUGUUUAUGGCGGCUCCCGCACGCUGACUGCCAUGGCGCAGCAGGGAUUUGCUCCCAAGUUCUUCACUUACAUUGACCGCUCCGGACGAUGUCUCCCUUCUACGAUUGUCAUGCUUCUCACAGGGCCUCUCGCCUACAUCAACCUCAGUGCCUCAGGGCCUACUGUGUUCAACUGGCUGCAGGCCCUCUCUGGUCUUGCUGUUCUCUUCGCCUGGGCUGCCAUUUGCAUUGCCCAUAUUCGCUUCCGCGCGGCAUGGGCUUACCAUGGACAUUCCCUCGAUGAGAUUCCCUUCAAGGCAAUCUUUGGCGUGGUGGGAUCAUAUAUCGGAUUGUUCAUUUGCUUCAUUUGCUUUGCUGCCCAAUUCUUCACGGCCAUCGCACCCCCAGGUACAUCCGAGCUUAACGAUGCCGAGGGCUUUUUCCAAUCCUACCUCGCCUUCCCCAUCGUCGUUGCCUUCUGGGUUGCUGGAUAUGUCUGGAAGCGCACCGGCUGGCUGAAGGUGUCGCAAAUCGAUGUUGACACUGGCCGCCGUGAUUUGAACUGGGAUGAGAUCCGCGCAUACAAGGAAUAUGUAGCAUCUCUGCCUGCUUGGAAGCGUGUCUAUUAUCACCUGUUCCAGUAG